AUGAUAUUGUUAGACUUAUCUCACAAAACUGCCUUCUUAGUGACAUUAGGAUCUGCUUCUAGACCUAGCGACCUGUAUAUAAUAGAGUUAAAAACCUUACAGAAAUCAGAAUCUGGAAUUUCAAUUGCAAUUACAGACCCUAAAGAAGUAAACAUAUCGAUCUCUCAUUGUGGAAACAGGAACAUAUCAAAGAAAAUCUUCAUUGAUUACUAUGAAGAUUCAGAAUUAUGUCCAGCAUCAGCCAUACUAAAGCUACUGGAACUAACACAA